GGCCGACUCAGCAGCUUCCACGUCACCGCCCUUCCCCUCGCCAACCCAAAAACCACCGCAACCCUCGCCGCAACCCCACCUCCGAUCUCGCCGGCGAUGCCGCCGCCGCCCUCGCCGACGGCCGCCACGGCGGGGCGGAGGUCCCCAUUCCCCGUCCUCCUCAUCUACGUCGCGUUCGCGCUCUUCAUCCUGCUCCUCCUCACCUCCUACUCCCCACGCUCCCAGCCCCGCGGCGGCGGCCGCAGCCUCCACCGCCGCCUCAAGCUCCACCCCAGGAACCCCUCCCCCGGAGGCAGCGGGGAUCAGAGGCAGCAGAACCAGCAGAACCAGCAGCACCACGCGGCGUCGUUCGACCCGGAGAUCGCGGAGCUGGAGCGGCGGCUGGAGGACAAGGAGUGGGAGCGGGAGCACUACCGCAUCCUGCACGGCGAGGGCGGGGGAGGGGCGGACGAGCACAUGAAGGAGUGGGAGGAGUUCCUCAGGGAGGACGAUGACUUCAUCAACGACGACGACCGCUUCAACCUCGCCGACCGCAUCCGCGCGCUCUUCCCCAAGAUCGACCUCGCCCCGCAGGACGGGUUCGUCUCCCUCGACGAGCUCGCCAGGUGGAACCUCGAGCAGUCCAGGGCCGACCAGCUCCACCGCUCCGCUAGGGAGAUGGAGCUCUACAACAAGAAUGGUGACGGGAUGGUCUCCUACGGGGACUUCCGGGCUCAGCACGAUGAAUCCCAUGGGGAGGUUAAUUCGCUGGGGUUCCCAUGGUGGAAAGAGGAGCAUUUCAAUGCUUCGGAUGCAGACGGCGAUGGUUUGCUAAAUAAAGCUGAAUUUAAUGACUUCCUUAAUCCCAGCGAUUCAGAGAACCCCAAAAUUAUCAGCUUGCUCUGCAAACAAGAAAUAAGGCAGAGAGACAAGGAUGGUGAUGGAAAGCUAAACUUUGAAGAAUAUUUUCAUGGGCUACAUGACCAUAUACAUGGUUAUGAUGACGAGAACGCAUAUAUUUCCCUCAUUGGGAACACAACAGUAGCUAAGGAGCGGUUUGCCAAACUUGACAAAGACAACGAUGGGUUUGUUUCAGAUCAUGAACUAGAACCUGUUCUUGAUAAGCUCCAUCUUUCAGAACGUUAUUAUGCUAGACAACAAGCCAUCCAUGCUAUUUCAGAGGCUGACAAAGAUCAUGAUGGAAGGCUAACCUUGGAAGAGAUGAUUGAGAACCCGUAUGCAUUUUAUGGGAGUGUCUUCCUUAGUGACGACGAAGACGAUUUCCAUGAUGAAUUCCGCUGACACAUCUGCAGAUUGUUGGUGUUGCAAGAGCACAUCCCAUGGUGCUCGCAUCGAUCCAAGAUGUCUUGCUGAGUUAGCGAACCGCUUCCACCGUCAGACUGGAUAAUCUUGGAGCUGCUAGCCACACAAGGGGAAUUCCAGCUGGUUGGUACCCAAUGUUCUUUCUGUCAGGUGGAACGACAAGCUGUCUAUUGUUAGCAACCUUAGGUUACAUGCCAACUUGCCUGCCUUUAUUUAGGGUGAGCUGCUAACCUGACCUGACAUAUGUUUGUACCAUCUCUCCUCAUCAGUUCUGUAAAAUGCAAUGUGGAGUCUAAUAGAGCAAUGAUAGUAGAAUGGACAUGACCAAUGACCAGUGAGCUAAUUCCAUUCCUAUCUUCUUUUCCUAA